AUAAAAUAAAAGUAUCCCUGCCACUUUCUCUUUCUUCUUUUGGUAAUAAAAGAACAAGAAAGCUUGCUUAUUUAUUUAUUUAUAUAUUUUAAAAUUAAGGGAAAAAGCAGUGACUGUGAGAAUAAAAGGAGGAAGGGGGCGAUCGGUGAAGAAAGUUAGGAGAGAAAUUAUCGUGGGAAUUAGGAAAAUGGUGUCGGCAAAUAGGGAAAUGGUGGUCUACUGCUUCGACACUUUGGUCGCCCACUACAACAGCGAGGAGGCUGCCCCCCCCGCCUUCGACGAGGGCCAACACCCAUUGUUUGUCACUUGGAAGAAGGUUGUGAAUGGUGGGGAGCCUCGUUUACGGGGAUGUAUUGGCACUCUUGAAGCUCGUUGCUUGAUUAAUGGGUUUAGGGACUAUGCUUUGACAAGUGCUUUGAAGGACCGCAGAUUUCCUCCUAUACAAGCUAGAGAACUGCCUUAUUUAGAAUGUACUGUAUCUAUUUUGACUGAUUAUGAAACAGCUAAUAACUACCUUGAUUGGGAGGUUGGAAAGCAUGGCAUAAUUAUUGAGUUUACCGAUGACUAUAAUAUAAGGCGAAGUGCCACAUAUUUACCUGAGGUGCCUGCACAUGAAGGUUGGACUAAAGUGGAGGCAAUUGACUCACUUAUGCGUAAGGCAGGCUUGAGUGGACACAUCAGCGAGUCACUCAGGAACCGUAUAAAACUGACCCGCUAUCAAAGUACGUUAUUCACUAUGCACUACAGUGACUAUGCCUCCUACGUCCAGGCAACAAGGGGUGCAGUGCCUUCUAUUGGUGGUGCGAACUCCAGCAACCAUUGAUUCUUCCAAACGGUUUUUAACCGAAAUGGUAAAGCUGUUUUGUCUAAAUGGUAAGGAUAUGAUUUAAACAAAAGAAAAUGGGUGGGAAUGGGUUUGAUUGUGUUCCUACCCAGUUGCUUAAGUAAUUACGUGACCUUCCAAAUAAGAUUCUUUAAGGUCAAAUGCAUUUGAUUUUGAAGAAAGAUACCUAAAAACAAUCAUGCCUGAUGUAAACUCGGUUGUACGAGACAUUCAUAUUCUGCAACAUACCUGGGAAUGCUGUUUGCUGUAAGACAAAUCUCAAUGCGACUUGAAAUUAUUUUGGGACAUGUUUGUUCCAAAAAUUAGUUACGUCUUUCUUUUACUUACAUAACUGUAUGACUUCAUUUACUCUCAAAGCUUGCUUGCUUCAGCCCUGGCUUACCAGUGAGAAGUGAAUGCUGAGCUUAAGAGGGCGGAAGCCAUGUACAUAGUUCUUUUUAUGGUGGCUUAGCUCUCUACCUUCACUUUCAUCCUGUUAUGAAACCUAAAGGUUUAAAUGUUUUCAAGUAUAUCUGAAGGUGAGAUCAAUCAUGCUUUCUAGCUCUAUACAUGUAGGGUAGUGAUUAUU